AAAUUGCUCAAAAACUAAACGACAAAAUGACUCUUUCACCAAAAGUAAAACAAAAAAUCUCUGUUGUGUUAGCUUUAUCCAGAACUGCAUUUCAUUGGGGAUUCAUACCCGCUGUAUUGUACUUAGGAUUUCGUAAGGGUACAGAUCCCGGAAUGCCAGAACUUUCAAUUUUCCAUUUACUUUGGCAAUAAUUUUACUUCAUGAAGAAACAAUUAUAACAUCUGCAGUUUUCUAGACAUUCAAGACUGUAAUGAACUUCAAUUAAUAAGGCUUAUUGUGUUAUGACUAGAAACCAAAUAGUUAUGUUAAAAUAAACAGUUAUGAUAUUUAA